AAAAAAAAAAGUUGAAUUGUCUCUGGCUGACAUUUGUAAGUCUGUGAAUUUUCAAAUGUCUUUCUUUUUAAUUCAGCACGUGUAGACGCUGACGACUUGCAUAAAUCAUCCAAGUAAUUUAGGUAUCCAAAAUGCCGUCUGACGCAAAGAAAAGGGCUCAACAGAAGAAGAAGGAGCAGGCAAGCAGUAGGAACAAGAAGCCUGUGGCCAGAGUAACAAACGACGAGAAUGGGUCGGCUACCAACGGCACUAAGGAAGAGCGAGAGCUUACCGCAGAAGAGGCGCUAUGCCUGAAGUUGGAAGAAGAGGCGAAAAUGAACUCGGAAGCCAGGUCAUGUACCGGUUCCCUGGCUGUGCACCCGAGGUCAAGAGACAUCAAGAUCGCCAACUUCUCUAUCACCUUCUACGGCAGCGAGCUGCUCCAGGAUACCCUCCUCGAGUUGAACUGCGGCCGAAGAUAUGGCCUCGUUGGAUUGAAUGGAUGUGGCAAGUCGUCACUGCUGGCCGUACUGGGUCGGCGAGAGGUGACCAUCCCCGCGCACAUCGACAUCUUCCACCUGACGCGGGAGAUGCCCGCCUCCGACAAGACUGCACUCGAGUGCGUCAUGGAGGUCGAUGAGGAGAGGAUCCAGUUGGAGAAGCUGGCUGAGGAGUUGGCUCAGUGCGAGGAUGAUGACGCCCAAGAACAGCUGAUGGACGUGUACGACCGGCUGGAGGACCUGAGCGCGGACACGGCGGAGGCGCGCGCCGCCAACAUCCUGCACGGUCUCGGCUUCACCAGGGAGAUGCAGCAGAAGGCCACCAAGGACUUCUCCGGAGGUUGGCGUAUGCGUAUCGCACUGGCUCGUGCUUUGUACGUGAAGCCCCAUCUCUUGCUGCUCGACGAGCCGACCAACCAUCUGGAUCUCGACGCCUGCGUGUGGCUUGAGGAAGAACUCAAACACUACAAACGCAUCCUGGUCCUGAUCUCCCACUCUCAGGACUUCUUGAACGGCGUGUGCACGAAUAUAAUUCACAUGAGCAAGCGCCGACUGAAGUACUACACUGGUAACUACGAAGCUUUCGUGCGGACGCGCAUGGAGCUGCUCGAGAAUCAGAUGAAACAGUACAACUGGGAGCAGGACCAGAUCGCUCAUAUGAAGAACUACAUAGCCCGGUUCGGUCACGGUUCCGCGAAGCUCGCGCGACAGGCGCAGUCCAAGGAGAAGACUCUCGCCAAGAUGGUGGCUCAGGGCCUGACGGAGAAGGUCAUUGACGACAAGAUCCUUAACUUCUACUUCCCCUCGUGCGGGAAAGUGCCGCCUCCCGUUAUUAUGGUGCAGAACGUGUCAUUCAGAUACACCGACACGAGCCCGUGGAUCUACAAGAACUUGGAGUUCGGUAUCGACCUGGACACGCGGCUGGCGCUGGUCGGGCCCAACGGCGCCGGCAAGUCCACGCUCCUCAAGCUGCUCUACGGAGAUCUUGUCCCCUCGACGGGUAUGAUCCGCAAGAACUCUCACUUGCGCAUCGGGCGCUACCACCAGCACUUACACGAGCUGCUAGAUCUCGACCUCUCCCCGCUCGACUACAUGAUGAAGGAGUUCCCCGAAGUCAGGGAAAGGGAGGAAAUGCGCAAAAUUAUCGGACGGUACGGUCUGACAGGACGGCAGCAAGUCUGCCCGAUGCGUCAGCUGUCUGACGGACAAAGAUGUCGCGUCGUGUUCGCGUGGCUCGCGUGGCAGACACCACAUCUUCUGUUACUAGACGAACCUACCAAUCACUUGGAUAUGGAAACCAUUGACGCGCUGGGCGAUGCCAUCAAUGAGUUCGAUGGUGGGAUGGUGCUGGUUAGCCACGACUUCAGGCUUAUUAAUCAGGUCGCUGAAGAAAUCUGGAUAUGCGAGAACGGAACAGUCACAAAAUGGCAGGGCGGCAUCCUGAAAUACAAGGACCACCUCAAGUCCAAGAUCCUCAAGGAGAAUGAGCAGAACGCCCGCAAAUAGUCCAAUGCCUAGCUACCCUUAGUUAACGUGCGUCACACACCUGCGACUCACAGACUACCAGCCGACAGUUGACAAACAUUAUCAUACAGAAUCGAGUUAAACACCAGUGAAAAGGACACUUGUUAUAUUGUUAACGUACGCGGAACCUCACCGUUGUUGCCUCAUGACGUCUCUCUGGUCACGCUCCGUGCGGGCUGACCUAUCCUAAGCAAUAAUUACCGAAUACAAUAAUGUCUGAAAUAACACUUAACAUGUUUACUUAAUAGAAUUUACUUAAUAGCACUCGAAGUUAUUAUAUUGUCCGUUAUCUAGGAACAGUUGUUAUUGAAAUUACUUAAAUUGUGUAUGUAAAUGUUAUAGGCAAUGUGUAUAAUGCAGGCAUUCUAUACAUUGCCUAGGUAUUGUAUAAAAUGUCUGAAGCGCAUCAGGCAAUGUGUAUAAUGAACGACCGACUGUAUAGUGCGCGAAUCGUAUUAUACACAUUGCCUGAACGUUUUCGGCAAUGUAUACAAUGCCGGAUUAUACACAUUGCCUAUAACAUAUACAAGCAUGCCGCACGUGUUUGUCUAGCCGUAGUCUAAAUUCCGCGUUAGGUGAUAGUUGUAAGACAUUGAUGUUCCAAUAUUGAAUAUUUAUCAUAUUUCGGUAUUUACAUGAAUACGGGCGUCGUAUAUUGUUGCGACUAUAUAGUUAAUGUUUGUUGCGUUCCGCGACGCGUGCUCGGCUAUGAUGAGCACGCGAUGUAGUGCGGUGCGUAGUCACAGGUGUAGUAGAUUGUCGCUUAGACCAGUUGAAACGACAGUUAUUAAUAGGAUUGUGAUUCCUUAAGCUGCCUAUUAAAGCUUAGUUAUAGUGGUAUUAUAAAUCAAUUUGUGAUAUACUUACCGGGUGAUGGCUGCCUAGCUGCGGGCGGGUUCUUCACGAGCGCUCUGAACGUAGCUUAAUCAAUCAUUACAUGUGAUUAUAAAUUGGCUAAGGUUGAUUUUAAAUUAUAACAUUUUAUUACAUUUGAUUAUAAGUUGAUUUUUAAAUUAUUGAAUUUCAUAAUCAAUGUAUCAUUUGAUUACCAAUUAAUACAAUUUAAUUAUGAAUGAAUAUAUCAUUGCCAUCUCUCGGUAAAUGUUCACAGUGUUAGAAGCAUUUACAUUUGGUUGCCCACUGCCUUAUGAAAAGGUGCAGUGAAAGCCAGACAUUCAUAAAAUAUUAAUCAAUAAGACUUAUGCCCCAGACUACAAGGGUAAUAAAUUAGUAAUAUUAAAUCGUACAGUGUAAUUUAUUUGUUCAUAUUUCACAUUCAUGCAUAAUAUUAUUGCACAGCGCACUUCAUAUAAGUACCUACAGAGCACACCUAGCACGGUAGUAGCGAAUUUGUAGUACUUGAAAGUUAUAGUUGAAUGUUUCCCGCUUUCAACUGCUGCCUGUGACGUGUGCACGAGGCAUGAAUGCGUCCGCCGCAGUGGACGACCAAAUGUAACUGUAUAGUAACUUGUAACUCGCCGCCGUGGUAACUAGAUAUAAUAGUGAAUGUUUCGGCUUACAUAGGUAGCAACACGGAUGCCUUCUGAAUAGUUUUUGAUUACAUUAUUUAUAUUCAUCAUAAAUUAUAUUUAUACGCCUCGUGCAAGACUCCCAGUGGGCAGAUAUACAGGGGGUUGUCAGUGAUACCAGGGUUGUGAUGAUCGGCUUACGACAUCCCUUUCCCUUAAACAUUUAUGUACACAACGCAAUUGAAAUGAAAGUAUCCACUCGUAAAGUAUCUGUGUGAUUUCGUGAGUAUUGUUUUAGCCAAAGGCUAAUUCGCUGUGACAAUUAAUUAGUUUAAUCUUAUAAGUUAAAAUUGUUCAGCACGUAUGUCGCCACACGGCUCCCAGUGUGCCGGUUGUAGGUAUUUCUGUAUGUAAUACAUUAAUUUGGCUGUCUCGUUAACCGAAUUGAACACUAUGACCUUCAGUUCGUACCUAACUCGCGUAAUAGUAUUAAUUUGUAUUUGAUUAAAGGGAUUUAAUUAUAUUACAUUUUCAUAUAAUGCUUGAUCUGAGGCAAAUUUAUAUAAAUCAAUAAAAUUAAACACACGGA